UUCUUUUUAGCCUUUACGUUUUAGCCCCACCAAAGCAUAAAAUCUAACCCCCUUUGUCGUCCCCAAUAGCCUUUGAUAGCUUUUUAGCUUUGGUUUGGCUAAUGGCCGGCCUUAUAGUCCCCUUCUGUUUCACCCUAAAAUCAAUAAAACACCAACACCAUAUUUACUUCCCCUGCACACUGACCCUCUGAAUUUUCCAUUGUUGUUUCACCAUUAUUACUCCUCCUUCAGUCUCUCUGUCCAAUUUCAAAAUUUACCCUUUUGGUUUUUACUAUAUAAAUCCUUUUCUUCCAACCUUUUUCAUUUCAUAGCAAUGGAGAGUUACGAAGAAAAACGGGAAGUUGAGGAUGAAGAACAAGAAGAGGCUUUGUCACUCUGUGAUUUGCCUGUGAAUUUGAUUGAAGAAAAGGAACUGAAAAAUGAAGAAAAUGGUGAACCAUCACAAGAAGAAGAUUUCAACUUCGGUUCAUGGCCUGGCCAUGGUGGUUCGUUUAGGUCCGAACCAGAAAUGUGUGUAGCUGAUGAAGUGUUCUUCAAAGGCCAAAUCUUACCUUUGCGUCACUCAGUGAGUUCCGACACCGGGUUCCGCCGUCAUGACAGCCACAACAUGUCCCGGUCCUUGUCGAGGUCAGAAUCCAUGGACCAUGGUUCAUUAAGUAGGUUCACAAGUGUGAGUAGCAGUAGCACUAGGAGCAGUAGCCAUUACUCAACGAGUAGUACUAACUCGAAACCCGGUAUGAAAAUCCGAAACAACUUCAACACACACCCGAGCCCAAAACCUCAAAUCCGAUCAACCCGAACCGCCGUCAACAGUCGAAUCCAACGAUCAUCGUCGAUGUGGGAUUUUUUCAAGAUAGGUUUGGUUCGAGCACCGGAACUCGGGUUACAAGACUUGAAAAUGAAACCUCGAAAUAAAAAUUCCGUCAGUAGAAACAGCAGUUGUAAUAGCAGUAACAGCAGUUCAAGCACCAAGCUCGUUAACAAUGGCAGCUCCACAGCCGAAGUUUCGAAGAACCAGCAAGAAUCAAACAAAGGGUUAGUAGAAAAACGAAUGGGGUUGUUCAGUGGGUGUACAUGUUCAGUUAAUGCAGUUGAAACAGUUCCAUUGAACAACAACAACAACAUCAAGAACAGUGACAAAGACAAAACAACAUCGCAUGCUGCUGCCGCCAUUGAAGAUAAAAAGAAGAAAAAACAAGCUUUGUCUCGUCAUCGAACAUUUGAAUGGAUAAAGGAACUUUCACAUGCAACAAGUUAUGUUGAUGAAGCUUAAAGAAAAGAAACACACCUCGCAUGCUUUUUUUCUUCUUUAGAUUUAUGAAUAGUUUAAAGGAUGAGGCUCUUGUACCUAGAAAAAAAAAAAAAAAACCUUUCUAUCACUGUUUCUAAAAGGGAUUUGAAGUUGUUUACUUAUUGAUUUUCCUUUUUUGUUUGUUUGUUUUUCCAGAUCAUGUUUGUGAUAUUAUAUGAAUAUUAAUGAUUGGAUAAAUAGUAGCCGCCGUGAUGGGUGGAAAUUAAUCAA